CAUGGAAGCGAGCGGAGACGCCGAAGGAGGACGACUCGGCAUGUGACAAAUGUUGCUACGGCGAGUGACUUCAGCCUCGCCCGGUCCUCAGAUUUCAGCCUGGUGAAGCAGGAGCAACCGCGAUGAAGUUGCUAAAGCCAAGCUGGGUGACCCAUGACGGUCACCCAAUAUUUUCUGUGGACAUCCAUCCUGAUGGGUCCAGAUUCGCUACCGGAGGUCAAGGCUCGGACUGCGGCCAGAUCUGCGUGUGGAACAUGGCUCCUGUGGCACGGGAGGAAGAGGAGCUCAGCGAUUCGGUGCCGAAGUUGCUGUGUCAGAUGGACAACCAUUUGGCAUGUGUCAACUGCGUCCGGUGGUCCUCGGAUGGUCGUCACCUUGCCUCUGGUGGUGACGACAAGGUCAUCAUGAUAUGGAUGAUAGGACGGUACGGCAUGAGCUCCUCGGGUAUGUUCGGUGGGGGAGGCAAGACCAAUGUGGAGCACUGGAAGUGUGUCAGCACUCUAAGGGGCCAUUCUGGAGAUGUCCUGGAUCUGGCCUGGUCUCCAUUCGACUCUUGGCUUGCAUCGUGCAGUGUCGACAACACUGUGGUAAUCUGGAAUGCCAAGAGGUGGCAAGAAAUCCUGGCUGUCUUAAAAGGGCACACUGGACUCGUGAAAGGUGUCUCAUGGGAUCCAAUUGGAAAGUACAUUGCGUCUCAGUCUGACGACAAGAGCCUACGGGUAUGGCGCACUCAUGACUGGCAGCAGGAGUGCGUCAUCACGGAACCAUUCUUAGAGUGCGGAGGCACCACCCACAUCUUGCGCCUAAACUGGUCUCCCGACGGCCAGUACCUCGUCUCUGCACAUGCCAUGAACAACGCUGGCCCCACAGCCCAAAUUGUUGAGCGAGACAACUGGCGUACCAACAAGGACUUUGUGGGUCACCGUAAAGCCGUCACAUGUGUGAGAUUCAACCCACACAUUCGAUCGAGGGUAAACAAGGACAACAACAAGACACAGACGUUUUGCUGCUGUGCCAUUGGAAGUCGGGACAGGUCUCUGUCUGUCUGGCUAACCUGCCUGAAGCGACCUCUUGUGGUGGUGCAUGACCUCUUCUCAAACUCUGUGUUGGACAUAUCCUGGAGCCAAGAAGGCAACCAGUUACUUGUGUGCUCGUGGGAUGGCACCGUGGCUUAUAUCGACUUCACUGGGGAGGAGAUUGGGAUGCCAAUUAGUCAAGAUGAACGAAACUUGUGGCACCAGAAAUUGUACGGCAAAAGCUUGUCGGGUCCGGGAAGCCAGCAGCGGCAGUCAGGUGCCACCUUAGUGGAAGACCCCGAGGUGCUGAAGGCCCAGGAGCAGUACUCGAAAGCACAGCAGCAGCAGAGGACGGCCUUGACUCUGUCCAAGGAAGUCAAUGGGGUCGCACCUUCUGCGAGCCCAGCUACGAGCAAUGUGCCUACGAGUUCAGCCAACUCGGUGGUGCGCCCUAUCAACACCAACAGCAACAGCAGCCGUCCCCUGCCACAUAUUAAGGGCCCUACAGACAAACAAAUUGAAACAAGAAUGCCUGAUGGCCGUCGCCGGAUUACACCACUCUUCAUUCCUCCUGAUCCUGAAGUCGGAGAUGUUCCUGUGCCAUUCAACAGCCAAGCACUGCCUAACUUCAGCUCUUCCACCGAAAGCAAAAGCAGGAUCGUCAUUGAAAAGCGGGACGAGUCCUCCAGCGUCCCUGCGACCGAUCUCUGUGACAAGUCCUCGGACAAGACUCCCAGUGUAAAGGAUGAACAGGUGGCAACACCAGCAACGCAAGGUCAAGGUUUGGAGAAGGACACACCUGCCUCCACAGUGGUAAACACCCUGCCAAGUUCUGCUCCACCAGCUGUGUCAACAGCAGCUUCUGAACUGUCUGAUAAGCCAGCAGCCAAGUCUGCUAGUGAAUCACCGAUGCCAACAAGCAAGCGGAAAGCCACAGAGACAACACCAGCCGUGGCAAGGCCGCCGGAGAAAAAGCGAGGUCGACCUCCACUAGAUCGCACACUACAGCUUCAGCAGCAGCAGCAACAACAACAGCAGCAGCAGCAGGCACAGAAAGAAAGUUCAGGGCAGUCAGCCGCCAACGCCCAUCAGUCUGUGCCAGGCGGCGUUCCUCAACGGCAUCAGGCUAUGUUUCCAGCAUUGAAGCAAAGCAUGCCAGCCACGGUUAAGGUGGCACAACUCAAGAACUCGGAGGUGCAGAGGAGCAUUCAGCUGCAGACAGACAUUCCAGUGCCUGGAUCGCGGACAGUCAGCAAGGUGCGAUGCAGCGAAGAGGAGGUGGUGUUCUGGGAACACCUGGUCUCGGGACGAGGAGUAGCCCUUGCUGCUAGCAGUCAUGUGGUGUGUGUGGUGUGUGAAGACCGGACUUUGACGGCCCUGUCGUGCUUAACGGGUGCCAAGCUCAUGCCACCACUGCUGCUGUCAUGGCCCGUGGCCCACAUGUUGUGUAAGGGAAGUUGCCUACUUGUUCUGACGACCCACGGCUCGCUGCAUGUCUGGGACCUGGGUAAGCGCAUCUGCACGGUGCGUGAUGAGUCGGUGGCCCUCCUGUUCCGCGACACGGCGGGAGCCACGCUCAGGGCUUCCAGCAUCACGGACGAGGGUCUGCCGCUGUUGACGCUCACGACGGGCAAGUCGUACCUGUUUAGCAAGGACCUAGGCUCGUGGCUACUGCUUACGGGAAGCGAAGAUGCUGUGGCGCAAUGUUCGGACCACCAUGCAUCCAUGCCAGCCAUGGCAGAUGGAGUCAAGAGCUCAACGCUGCCCUUGGGAUCGCUACAGCACAACAUGUUCAGGGUACCCCAGAGGGCCAAGUCGGUGUUCCAUGCUGGCCCUUCCCUGCAGCAGGCUGGCACACUGAGUUUCCUGGACGGCCAGAUUGCCGCAUCUUUGGCUCUGCGAUCGUCUACCGAGUACCGAUUCUGGACACUCACAUUGGCACGGUACCUUGUCACCGAGGGUUUGGAAGGGAGGCUGAAAGAUCUCUGCACCCAAUUUCUUGGCCCUAUUGGUGGCAACUCACAGUCAUGGGAGCCCUCUGUACUGGGCUUGGACAAGCGUGGCCUUCUCCAAGAAGUGUUGCCCUUCCUGGCUUCAAACUUGCGGCUUCAGCGACUCUUCACAGAGUUCAAAGAACAGUUAGACAUGGCUGCCAAUGAGAGCCUGCUGCCAAAUGGUUGAUCUACAACCUGCAAAGCUAGACAUUAUUCACUCUCACUUGUCAGGCCUGUAGCACAAACUGAAAAAACUCUAGCACGAAUGGGGAAAGCUCUCAUGGUGGAGCUGUGACGUCAACCCCCACAGCCUUUCCUUUAGCAGUGCGUGUACCAGAAUCAUGAACCUUUCGGUGCAGCUGUCUCGUCAUUGCCUGUUUACUAUGGCUGCUGUGAAGAGAAGAGGAAAUGGUGGUUUUGAGAUUUCUGAAAUGCAUGGGAGAAGUACUGUCUGAGAAGCCUAUUUUAAAUGUGGUGCACCGGUGACUGCUGUUGAGGUGUUUCUUAGCAAACCGUGCCAGGAUUUCAGUGCAGUGAUGACAUCGCCUUGCCAUCGCUGGUGGGCCAAGACCAGUGUGGAAGAACAAGAAGGACAUUGCUCAUGUGAUUUCCAAAGUUUGCAUGGGAAGUUGUUGUGGUCUUAAUUUUUUACCAGCGGCGUCGUAUCGAUCUGUCACUCUCGGAUAUUCGCAGCGUACAAACAAUUUAUUUCUCUGUAUAGUCUCAUUGUUAAGCCGCAUUAUGUUUCGCGAUAAGCGCUUUCGGGAUGCAGGCGUGUUGGAACUCAGCUGUAACAACAGGAUCGGUGUGCUUGCCAUGCAGUGUCACUGACAUGCAUAGAAGGGUUGUAUCAAGCUUUGCGAAACAGAUGUGUAGUGUUGAAUACUGUGCACACUAAAAUUGGAGCCUGGUACUGUGACCGAAUCCAAAUUGAGAUGCUCAUUAUUCCUGGCAUGAGCAUGCCGUUGCUGUGGUUAUUUAUGCACAAGUACAUCAUGGAUUCAGUUCCUGCUAGGUUGCAUUACUGCGUUACUUGCAGUUCGUCAAGUGGAGGGCAACACCACAGCUUAACUGAAAUGUUCACUGUGUUUCAACAGCACUAGUCAGCAAUUCCUGCACUAUUGUUUUGUAAACAGGCACUGGCAGCAGAGGAGCGUUUUUCAGCUGACUCUUUACCCUAAAUUAAUCAAAAUUAGUACUCGGUUGAUUACAUCAAGCAACUCCUCACUAUAGUGGUUACUGUGGAGCAUUGCCGAAGAGAUAUGACUAUCUCAAGCAGCUCCUUAUCUCACGCGGUCAACGAUUACUGAAGCAGAGUGACUAUCUCAAGCAAAUCCUCUUUGAAGGACUUUUAGGAGCACCGCUGAAACUAGUUGCUCAGGAGCAUUACUUAAGUGAUGCAACUAUCUCAAGCAACUGCUCAACUCAAGAGCUGCCAACAAGCACUACUGAAGCAGAGUGACUAUCUCAAGCAGCUCCUCUUUGAAAGAGCCUGGGGAGCCUUGCUGACGCAAGUUGCUGAGUAUCAUUGCUGAAGUGAUGUGACUAUCUCAAACAACUUUUUGUCACAGGAAUUGCUGGGAAGCAUUGCUGAAGCAGAGUGAUUACUUUAGUUUAGGAAUGGCACAGCCUUUUAUGCCUAAGGGGAGGGGUUGAGUUCAGGCGUGUGCGUGGAUGUGAGAGUUCGAUUGCAGCACUGUGUUCCAUCCACUUUUGGUGUCCACGGUACAGUUGCAUCACCUCAAAACAUGUGAGUGCAGGCACUUCUUUUAAUUUUGUUUUUGUAUGUUACGUCUUAGUGAAUUACUGAACCAGUGUGUUUUAUUGUGUCCCUUCGAAUCUGAAGCAGAGGUCCUGUACUAUUCUACAUACCAUGAGAACAGUUGCCGCACAGGCCAUUUCACAGCGCAGACGUUCAGUUCUUCCCGCUCACCUACUUUCCUCAGUGCUAACCACAACAUUGUUUAUGCCUCCUUGCCGGGUUCACUCCACCAGCUACGGAAGCAAUACAUAGCUACUGCAAUUCCUGCCAAGUCAUUGCUGUGCUGAUCCUGUUGAUGUUGACACUUUGUCCUCGGAAGCCUAUCUUUACCAUUGAGUUCGAGAUGCUGAUGCUAUUUUUAUUUCGAUUCCUGCGGCUUAUUGCUGAUCUUGCCGUUUCUUGGCACUACGGGCAACUAAGAGUUUGCGUUGAAAAGAGUAAGGAUGGAUGCUUUCUUUAAUAUAAAUAUUUUAUUUACAGGAAAUCAUGUAGGUGCACUGUAUAAACUUGGAAUUCUUUGGCAGAUGUUAAACCACAGAAUCGAAGGUACAUGUGAUGAAAUAGAUGUUGAGGAAGUGGGUUAGAAGUAAUGAGCAAAGUUAUUGAAAACGUCUCCCUUUUCUUUUUUCCUUGUUUUGGUUUUCAUAAGUUUAUGUUGCUGUUGAAAUGCUUCAUUUUGGUGGCAUUCUGCAAAAGAAAGCUUUGCGACACAACGCACAUGCACGUACGUUCAGGCAGCAAGGAGCAAUUGUGUUCACCUAGGUGCUUUGCAUCAGUUAGAAAAUUGGUCUAUGAAUAAAUUAGCAUGAACACUGUAGUGUAAAACGUAGAGGUUUAUAGUAGCUAAUGCAUUGAUCAGAUAGGUUUAUCCAUUAAUUAGUUCUACUAGAGUUAAUGCUUUUGCAUAAUAGUGUGGCAGAAACGGAAAUAGCUUCAACAUUGGUACCAGUCGGUGACACCUUAUUUAGACGAGAACAAGCUGGAACAUUUUUUUGCGCAACAUUUCCUGGUGGGGAAAAGUGUUUAAUAUUAUGAACUACGCAUUAUUGCAAGCUGACUGUGCCAGCAAGUAAGGAUAGACAGCCACAGAAUGUCAUACAGUCAAAGCACACUGUAAUUGAAGUCACAGCUGACAUUGAAAUGCCUUUGUGAUAGCAUAUUCAGUGCCUGCUAAUACUGAUGACAAAAUUUGUGUAUUUACUUUCUUAUAUACAAUAAUUUGUUACAUCCAACGAAUUGUUAUAUCCGUGUUCAUUAUGUCGAGACUGGAAGGUCCAUGCAGCUUGGUUGAGCACAGUGUGAUGAGGUGUUGCCACCAGCGCUGCCGGUCAUGGCUUUGCCCUGGUAUUACAGUAAAAGGGCAAUGCUGAAAUGUAUGUGGGGUGGCUAAAACCCUCUGUGCAUGGUACAGGCGUAGCUUGAACAUUUAUGUGAAGCUACCACAUGACAUCCCGCAAUGUCAGGCUGGACCAAUGCCAACAGGAAAUCUUUCUCGCUGAAUCAAUUGAAUCUGUUCACAAUUUAUUAACAAAUUUUAUAAACACAGAACAACUGGUUUUUUAAUGACUUCUCUGGUCUGUACAACAUUUUAGAUGGCGGCACGUCCAUAAACAAAGCGGUGUCUGGCAACCUGUCACCUCAGCUCAGUUUUCUGUAUUUAUACUAUGUAUGUAUAAUACUGGCAGUUUGUGAGAGAACUAUGCACCGGCCGUAAUUUUUUCGUGGCAACAAUUUUAGAAAAAAAAGCAGAAGUUCAUAUAGACGGCAGCGUGUUUUAUUUCACUGGGAGUUCUGUCUAAAUUGUAUGUGCAGUGUACUGGCCUACGUUGUUCACUUUUUCUGCAACAAUGUUUUCAAAUUUGAGAGCACCGUCUUUUUUCUGAAAAGAAUGUUAUUGGAGCUGGGCCCAAAUAAUAAAUGCAAAAGACAUGAAACUAGUAUAAAUCUUCGUCUUCAUAGACACUCUAGCGAGCCAAAGGUUGUAAUGUUCAGCCAUAUUCACAUUCGUUUAAAAAAAUGAAGUGAAGGCUCAUUGACUGCGUAAGCAGUCAAUUGCGUUAGUGUCGUGAAAUGCCUGCUUACUGUAAGCUACACUCUGCCAAAAGGUAUUUUGCUAACGUUGGUGUAUGCAAGUAUAGCACGCAUGGUAGUAGAAUUGUUGAGACAUAGUAACUAGCUGCCUGGCAUUCAUGCGAAAUACAAGAGCUUAGAAGCAGGUAGCACGCAUCACAUCUUAUGUGCACGCAUGCUGGUACACAGUGUGGACACAGUUCAAAUUUAUGUAUCUCUUAAGUGUUCAUCAGUUAACAAUGCACAUCACACAGUUCAGUGUCGCAAAUUUAAGACAGUACGUGUAGGUGCAUACCUGAGUUAUGAGAGAAGUGUUGCUUUCCUCCCUGGAAUGUUUGCAGGAGUGGAUGCAUGAGUGCCGGGCUUAAUGUACAAAGCUUGACUAAUACUUCUGCCAUAUUGGCAGGCUACUUUAGAGGGUGGUUGAAGAUACUGGGCACUUCAGGACUGUACAUAAACUUGCUAGAAAGACUUUUUGCAAGAAAGUGUUUGAAUUGUACUUUAUUGUAUUUGGGCAUCGAGUAUGUAAUGAAAUCCACUGCACUUAAUGAAAUGGUCUAUCUCCGUCACAAGGGUAGCUAGUUUAUUACCUUUAUUACCUUGCUUCCACAUUGUACUGCUAGUAUGUCCACCGUGGUCCUGGUACCAGUGCCAGUAGUAGUAGGUUUUAGGUAUUUCUCAGCAAAAAAAGAAAAGAAAAAUAGUGUCACACAUAGCCUUCAAAUAUCAUAAUUUUAGUUCUGAACAGGUUAAAAUGAAUGAAAUGCUGAUAGUAUGAGUUCUGCAUAUUGAUUGACAUAGCCAAUUGCUGAUUGAUGUGAUUAGUACGGCAGGAUAUUUUUCCUAGCAGGGAUGUAGCAAUGCAAUUCUUUUCGUGCAGGGGCAGUGGUAUAGCUCUGCAGUGGAAGUUACCUUGUGGGACAAGCUCAAUAGUGGUGGAGGAGUGUGUAAAUCGCAACCACUGCAUUGUAAUAUUUUGGCCAAGAAAGUGUAUAUGUGCAUGAAGCAACUUGGCUCGAAAACUGCCCGUGUCAUUUUGUAAAUAGAGAAAAAAAAGGCUCUUUUUUUUAAAGUCAUUCAUUUUGUUGUUUUCUUUUUCUUCUUUUUUUCACCCUUGGACGCAUCAUCUGUAUUUAUAGUGGUCAUACCAGCAUGAGUGUUCUCUUUUUUUCUUUUGUUGACUCAUAUUUUGUUUUGAUAUUUUCCCGUUUGCUAUGUAUAUUUCGCAUUUUGGGUGAUAUAGUGUUUUACCUUUGUUAGCGCCCACCCUCUUUUUCAUGUACAACCAUCGCUCUUUGCAUCGUAAAAAAAAUUAAUAAAUUUGUAUAAAACCUCUA